CCGGAGGCGGCGCAGGCGGCAGCGGCAGCGCAGACAAAGGCGCGGGCGGCGCGGAGGGCGCGGGGAGUCGGCGCCGCGGGCCGCACCCGACUCCGCCGGGACACUCACGGGGAGCCCAGCCGGCAGGAGGCCGAACCAGCAGCUCCUGCCACCUCUCUGGCUGCCCCUUGGAAGCCCACCUAGCCCAGCCUGACCAAUGUCCACAGCCAGGGAGCAGCCCAUCUUCAGCACAAGGGCACAUGUGUUCCAGAUCGACCCAGCUACCAAGCGGAACUGGAUCCCUGCGGGCAAGCACGCCCUCACCGUCUCCUACUUCUACGAUGCCACCCGCAACGUCUACCGGAUCAUCAGCAUUGGGGGUGCCAAGGCCAUUAUCAACAGUACUGUCACCCCCAACAUGACCUUUACCAAAACCUCCCAGAAGUUCGGACAAUGGGCAGACAGCCGUGCCAACACUGUCUACGGCCUUGGCUUUGCUUCUGAACAGCAUCUAACCCAGUUUGCUGAGAAGUUCCAGGAAGUGAAGGAAGCAGCGAGGCUGGCGAGGGAGAAAUCUCAGGAUGGGGGGGAGCUCACCAGUCCAGCCCUGGGGCUCUCCACUCACCAGGUGCCCCCGAGCCCCCUCAUCAGCACCAAUGGUCCCCCCAGCGACGAGAAACUGUUCCGCAGCCAGAGCGCGGAAGCCCCGGGCCCCGCGGAGCGAGAGCGGCUCAAGAAGAUGCUGUCAGAGGGCUCCGUGGGCGAGGUACAAUGGGAGGCCGAGUUCUUCGCGCUGCAGGACAGCAACAACAAGUUGGCGAGCGCCUUGAGAGAGGCCAACGCGGCCGCCGCCCAGUGGAGGCAGCAGCUAGAGGCACAGCGCGCAGAGGCCGAGCGGCUGCGGCAGCGGGUGGCUGAACUGGAGGCCCAGGCAGCCACAGAGCCGACCCCAGUCAGUGAGAAAGAGGGGCCAGGCCAGGCGCUGGAGCAGCUGGAGUCCUUAGUGCAAACCAAGGACCAGGUGAGCACUGAGCAUGAGAUCCAGACGCUCAAGAGCCAGGCUGGUGGGCCCCGCGAGGCCCCUGAUGCAGUGGAUCGGGAGGAGACGCAACAGAAGGUGCAGGACCUGGAAACCCGCAACGUGGAGUUGGAGCACCAGCUGCGGGUGACAGAGCGCAGCCUGGAGGAGGCUCGGGCUGAGCGCGAACGGGCAAGGGCUGAGGUGGGCCGCGCUGCACAGCUGCUGGACGUCAGGCUGUUCGAGCUGAGCGAGCUGCGGGAGGGCCUGGCCCGCUUAGCCGAGGGUGCUCCCUGAGCCUGGCCUGGCCACCAGUCCUUGUAGGAGCUGGAGCCGAUGGGAGCAGGUUCUACACAAAUGCUUCCCAUUUGGGGCACGGGCUGGCCGCAGGCGGCCCAGCAGGCCACUUGCCCUGGCAGGGACCAGGGCUGACAGCCAACGGAGGGCCUGGCUGCUUACAGCUUAGGGGCUGUUGGGGGCUUUUCAUUGUAUAAGAUUUCUAGACUCUCCACCAGGGCACAUGCUGGUGCCCAGAUUACAUUUCUAAGCAUGA